GGUAAAGUAGAAAAUGUUAUCGCAAAGAGUAGUCGUUGCAUAGAAACUGUAAAGGCAACUCGAUUUCUUCAUUCUUUAUUUAUUUCUCUCUGACUCUCUGUUUGUCUAUCUGUCUGUCUGUCUGUCUGUCUGUCUAUCUCUCUCUCUCUCUCUCUCUUUCUCUCUCUCUCUCUCUCUCUCUUUCUCUCUCUCUUUCUCUUUAAGUAUUUGUAAAAAUGAAUAUCGACGACGAAUUAAAGAAGGAUUCAGAUUUGUUCGAUGCCGAUCCUAGAAAAAUUCAAAUAAAAAGAGUCUAUCCAAUGAAUGGUGAGAAACGUGGCUUGGCUAUUAUUUUUUCUCACUAUAAGUUUCUAAAACGUGGUAAUCUACGGGUAGGAAAUAAAUCAGAUCGUAAAAAAAUGAAAGCUUUACUAACAAAAUUUGGCUUCGAGGUAAUGAUUUGUAAGGAUUAUCCAAAACGGAAAAUAUUCAAAACAUUGUCUGAAGUUUCACGCAUGGAUCAUUCUAAUAAUGAUUGUCUCAUAAUCAUUGUAAUGUCACAUGGUGAUUCAGGUAUACUUCGGUCAUACGAUGAAGAUUAUGAUGUCUGCAAACUUUGGUCUAAGUUUACAGAAACUAAAUGUCCCUCUCUCAAAGGAAAACCGAAAUUAUUUUUUAUACAAGCUUGCCGAGGUAAUGAUACUGAUUCUGGUAUCAAUUUGGAAUAUCGAAGUGAAACACACCAUCGAAAUGAAUUACCACCUAAUUCCAAUAGUACAACUGACGUAAUCAAUUUCAAAUUGACCCAAAAAGAUAUGGAAAUGUUUCUUACACCAAAUGAACCAGAUUUCUUAAUCGGAUAUGCAACCAUAGCUGGUCAUUGUGCAUUUAGAAGAGAUAAAGGAUCCUGGUAUAUCGAAGAACUUUGCACGAUAUUUAAAAGAUAUGGAAGAAAGUACGACAUAUUAACUUUACUCACUUUCGUCGCCCAACAUGUCGCACUGAAAUACAUAUCUUUAUCAUAUGAGGAACCGAAAAAGAAUGAUAAAACACAAAUACCGUGUAUCACACAUACAUUAAUCAAACAAUUGUAUUUUUUUCCUGAAGAAGCCGAAGACGUACCUGUGGAUUUACGAUUAGAUCAAUACGUAGAUACCUUCGAGAAAUAACAAAAUGGAUUUUAUGAUAUUACAUCAGUAUUAUAUCAUUUAAUGGUUCAUACUUUCGAAUACAAAUAAUUUUAAAUUAAACAACAAAAUCCAAAAAUAAAUUUGUUUAUGUAAUCAAAGAAAAAGAUUAAUAAAGAAAAAGACAAAGAGAUGGAGAAAGAGAGAGAAAGAAAAAUGUCCUCUUGGUUACCGCAAACUACACAAUAGUUGGCCGUUUCAUAAUAGCAAAGCCUUGGGGCUGUAAGCGAACAGACGGGAGUGAGUUUUUCCUUCGUUUAGAUUCAAGUAGACUAUUCUUAUUGUUAGUACUAUUCUUUCGUUGCCAUGACACGGCUUGCCUUUUUCCUAUUCGAAUCUUUUGGCUCUAUUCAGAAUUCCAACUAUUCCAUAAACUUAUUACCUCACGGUGUAAAAAGAAAAGCGAAACGAAAAUAUACCAAUUUAAAUUGUUUUCCUGCACGAUAACUUCGAACUUAUUCGAAAUAUACAAUUCUUUAUAUUGGAGAUAAUACAUUUGAAUAUACACGUUCACAUACAAAAUAAAAUU